AUGUUUAGUCAAAGAAUAUCAGCCAAAUUGCAUACUAUUAAAAAUGACAUUAUUGAAAAUGUCAAUAGUGUGAAUACUACAGAUACAGAAUCAUUAAUCCCUACAAACUCAACAACAUCGAUAAAUUUAGAAUAUGACGAUGAAUAUAUGGAAAUAGAAUCACCAAGUUCAAUAAAGACAAAAUUACCAAUUUCAAGUGCGCUCAGAACUCAAAUAAGGAAGAAUAGAAAAAAUAUACUUAAACACGAUAAAUUAUUAAUUUUAAUGAAUACAGCUCCUUCUUCUAGUUAUGAAAAUUUAAACGUUUGCAUAUUGGUAGAGUUGAAAUCUAACAAUAUUUUAAGAAAUAGACAAUUGUUGAUUGCUGAAGCUGAGACGUAUCCUGUAAUUGGUUUAGUUAGAAACAAUAUCAAUAUCAAUUAUUAUUCUGAUGUUUUCAGUUUAGGAGUGCUCGAGAGUAGUUUCAUUGAAUCUCAGACCCAUAGAGAAAUAUGUAGUGGUUUACCGUUCCCAAUUGGAUUGAUUCCAAAUGAUAAUUUAAGUACUUGUCACGAUUCAAUAAUGUCAAUUUCUAAACCACAUAGAUAUUUGAAUAUAGACAACUUGGGACAAUUGAGUAUUGUUCAAAGUCGUGGUAAUGAUGAUACGUUUAUAAUUUUACCCAUUGAGAAAUAUAAUAAAGAAAUGACGAAUAAGGUAGUGAUUAGACUAAGUUCAGACACUGCAGUAGAAGAAAUUAUGAGUAUCGUUGAUGAAGAGAAUGUCAUAGGUCUAAUGUUAGAUCAAGAUGAUCAACUUAUAUUAUCUCAAUUAAAUAAAAUAACAAAGUCGAAAUAG